AAGAAUUAUUUUUUGUUCCAAAAGUUGCAAAUCUUUACAAACUCAAAGGUUCAAAGUAACAUAUUGUUAGUCAUGCUCAACAUCAAACCUGGGUGUUGACACAUGGAGAAAACACAGCAUCCCUCCGGAUGUCCCGAACACAGGAGGAGGAGGGGGGAGGAGAACAGGCGUUAGUGUGGAGGGAGGGGACUGACAGCAGCAGUCUGGGGUCCAACAUCAACUCAGCUCCCUCCAACCCCCUCCGCUCUCGUGAAAAAAAAAAAGAAAAAAAACCUCUCCGGACUCCCACCACAUGUCGGUCCAUCUUUUUUUCCCCUUCCUCUAAAGUCUCUCUGGGGGAACAGGAAAUAGCCAGCUUUAGUGAACUCUAACGGUCUAGCAGCGCGGGAAGAUCGUCUGGCUCUGAUUGCCGUUGUGCUGUUCCUUCUUUCUGGCUUGGUUCUAACGCUCCAGCAGGAAAAUUGCUUGGUGUGGCUGUGUCGGGGAGAAGGCUCAGGAGGAGGUGAAACUGCGGGACGAGAUGAGUGAGAAACAAGCGGCGACGACGGAGGACAUCAUAUCAGAUGCCAUGGCUAAUCCUUCUCCAGCAAAGAGUAUCGGUGACCCUGGGAUCACUCCACUUUCUCCUUCACAUAUUCAGAAUGACACUGACCAGAUGCAGACGCAGCAGUCCUUUGUGGUCGUGGUUGCCAUUGACUUUGGCACCACAUCCAGUGGCUACGCUUACGCUUUCACAAAAGAGCCAGAAUGUAUUCACACCAUGAGGCGUUGGGAAGGCGGAGACCCCGGAGUGUCCAAUCAGAAGACUCCAACCACAAUACUGCUGACUCCAGACAGGAAGUUCCACAGUUUCGGCUACGCAGCUCGGGAUUUCUACCAUGACCUAGACCCCAGCGAGUCCAAACAAUGGCUCUACCUUGAGAAAUUCAAAAUGAAGCUUCACACUACUGCAAAUCUUUCCAUCGACACUGACCUUCAUGCAGCAAACGGGAAAAGAGUGAAAGCCCUGGAUAUCUUCGCAUAUGCGUUGGCCUUCUUCAAGGAGCAGGCACUCAAGGAGCUGAGUGAUCAGACAGGUGGUGACUUUGACAACAAUGAUGUCAGAUGGGUGAUCACAGUUCCUGCCAUCUGGAAAAUGCCUGCAAAACAGUUUAUGAGGGAAGCCGCCUACAAGUCUGGUCUUGUUUCUCGUGAAAAUCCGGAGCAGUUGAUUAUCUCCUUGGAGCCCGAGGCGGCUUCAAUCUACUGUCGCAAACUUCGCCUUCACCAGAUGGUUGACUUGGCAUCCCACACCACCCAGAACGGCAUCAGCCCGACGGAGAAUGCAGGAGGUGCAAUGGUUCAAGCCAAGGAGCAUGUUCGGCGCAACCGGCAGAGCCGCACCUUUUUGGUGGAAAAUGUCAUAGGGGAGCUUUGGUCGGAGCUGGAAGAAGGUGACCGUUAUGUAGUGGUGGACUGCGGUGGGGGAACGGUGGACCUGACGGUUCACCAGAUCCGUCUUCCAGAGGGACAUCUAAAGGAGCUUUAUAAAGCAUCAGGUGGCCCCUACGGAUCGAUUGGGAUCGACUAUGAAUUUGAGAAGCUGCUGUGUAAGAUCUUUGGACAGGAUUUCAUCGAUCAGUUUAAGAUAAGGAGGCCCGCCGCCUGGGUGGACCUGAUGAUUGCUUUUGAGUCUCGGAAGAGAGCUGCCGCUCCCGAACGAACCAACCCACUCAACAUCAACCUUCCUUUCUCCUUCAUCGACUACUACAAGAAGUUCAGAGGACAUAGUGUGGAACAUGCGCUGCGCAAAAGCAAUGUGGAUUUUGUCAAAUGGUCGUCUCAGGGAAUGCUGAGGAUGAGUCCCGAGGCUAUGAACACCCUCUUUAAACCCACUAUAGAUCACAUCAUUCAACAUCUAACUGAGCUCUUUGAAAAGCCAGAAGUCAACGAUAUCAAGUUCCUGUUCUUGGUGGGAGGUUUUGCGGAGUCUCCAUUGCUGCAGCAAGCGGUCCAGAAAAUGCUGCAGGGCCGCAGUCGCAUCAUCAUCCCGCACGAUGUCGGCCUCACCAUCCUUAAAGGGGCUGUGCUGUUUGGCCUUGACCCCAGCGUCAUUAAGGUCCGCCGCUCGCCCCUUACCUAUGGCGUGGGUGUCCUCAACCGCUUCGUGGAAGGCAAGCAUCCACCCGAGAAGCUGCUGGUAAAGGACGGCACUCGAUGGUGCACUGACGUUUUUGACACCUUCAUCGCGGCAGAUCAGUCUGUGGCGCUCGGGGAGAUGGUGAAACGUAGCUACACGCCGGCGAAACCGUCCCAGCAGGUCAUUGUCAUCCACGUGUAUUGCUCCGAAAAGGAAAAAGUGGGCUUCAUCAGUGAGUCUGGUGUCAAGAAGUGCGGAACACUCCGUUUGGAUGUGAGUGGAACGGAAAGCACGUCGCCGCGACGCGAGAUCCAGACGCUGAUGCAGUUCGGCGACACCGAGAUCCGAGCAAUGGCUGUGGAUGUGUCCACCGGUCGCACCGUUAAAGCUAGUAUAGACUUCCUGAGUCACUAGGGGGCGACAUGCUAAUAUUGCAAAAUCUUUGGGAGAAGUGGGGAAAAUACCGCUCAAACACACAUUGACAUACAAUAUAUACACACAAAUAUAUAUAUAUAUAUAUACAUAUACACAUUAAUAUGCUGGAGAUUAACUGAAAAGAUUAUCGUCCGUCUUUUAAUCAUUUAAAUGAAAAUGCCAAACUUUAACCUAAAUGCGGGCUGACAUUCAACUGUAGCAUUCACUUACGCUGUCCUGGUAGCUUAUUGGCUGACAACGUCCGUAGUAUUUGCACAGCUGACUGUAGUAUUUAAGUAGUAAUGCUGAUUUUCACUGCGUUUUUUUUUUUGUUGUUUUUUUUCUCAAUAUCUAAAAAGUUUCCUGACUAAAAAAAAGGUUUUGCAUGAUGCAGCUAAACAUGAUUAUUCAUGUACGUUUUUUUUUUUUUUUCUUUUUCGCAAGCCAUAAGUAGUUGUAGUUUACUGCAGAUUUAAAGAUGGAGUUAGCUCAUCCAUAAAGGGUCGGUUUCAUUGGAACAUUUCCAUACUGUGGCGCUGUGGCCUGAUACUUCACCCUGGUAUUCCUUGGCGUGAUACUCGUUCCAAACUCGUCAUUUCAGGCCGUGGUUGUUAGAGAUAAACGGUAGUAGUGUCCUUCCGACCUUGACCCUGAGCACUUGAACUCCAACAGUUGAGUGUGCUUUCUCACUGUGAGAUCAAUUUUUGUUCUCAUUUCAACGACUGGUUCACGGGAACAUUGAUCAAGAUAUAACCUGGUUUGAGUUGUUAUUUUUGACUAUGCUGCCAAAGAUGGAAACACUUGGCGUAAUGCAGUGGUUCUUAGUUGUUUUCUGCCAUGCCCCC